AGUGUACAUUUAUUUCCACCUGAAAAUGUGUCGAAGAAAUGUUAUUUUAGUUUUUUGCGCAUCCUUCGCCUUAUUCUUUACUUUUAUUAUUUUUGGUAGAUAUCCGGGCGGUCGAUUUGCCGUUCUUUAUGAAAAUGCAACUGGACCAUCUGAGACACGGCCAUUGAAAGCAUUUAUAUCUUCGUCUUAUUUUUAUCCAACUUCCAAAAGUUUGGGUGACAAUGCACUGGCUCUCGUGAUGAGUGUAAAUCUUGUACAAACACCAAGUUUUCUCACUCCAUACUUCCAAGAAAUUGUAAUUUCUGCAGAGAAUGCAACGUCCAGUGCUGUAGUGAGUACGCCAUUCUUUAGAAUAAUUCCCCAUGAGCAAUGUCAAAUUAUGACCAUCUUUGCCACGGCUCAAUUAUUGCCAAAUGUGAAACGAAUUCAAAUGGUCUCACAUGAUGGUUUGACCGAUAUUCCGUUCUCACCUCCUUCUGCAAUAAAACGAGAUGUAGUUAUGUGUAUUGCUCCAUUAUUUGUCAGUGAACAAUGGCAAAACUUUUUAUUUGCAGUUCAUAUUUAUAAAAAAUAUGGUGGCUUCAUGAAUUUGUACCUAAUCAGCACAAUUAAUACAUUUUUUGCUGUUAUGAAAGAAUAUGAAAAAGAGGGUUACAUGAAAGUUCAACCAUGGCCAAAAGUGAAUUUCCCAGGAGUUCCAAUGGAUAUUGCAGAUACACACGGACAAAUUGAAUUUAGAAGUCAAACAGCAGCACAAACUGAUUGUUUAUUACAAUACAAGGAAUCUGCACAAUACCUUGCUUUCUUGGAUUUGGACGAUGUUCUGAUUCCGAGAAUAGCUCCGACAUAUAUUGAAGAAUUUCAAAGAAUUAUUAAGGGAAAGAAACCUUUAGCUUAUUUUCUGUAUCACAAGGAAAAUUACGAAGCUUUUGUGACACCAAAUAGCUCUCAAUUUUCAUUGAAAAAUAUGUUCGGCAGUUUGAAAUGCAGAAACUUUAGAGAAACAGGAAAAAGUGUAAUUGAUCCACAAAACGCCAAUUACACGUGGCUUCAUUAUCCACCGGUUCUAGUGAAUGGAUUGGAAAAAUAUGAGGUUGAGGAGAAUGUGAUUACCCAUUUGAAGACAAUUAAUUGGGUUGAAGACGAAGUAAAAACCGGAAAUGGCACAAUUAUUGAGCCAAUGUACUAUGACAAUUCAUCUGCCACAAUAAUUUCUAGCAAAGAUAUCAAAGAUAUUGAAGAUGAUCUACAAAGAAUGAGAAAUAAACCAGAAAUAAAGAAACUAUUCGCAGAACUUCCAAAAAUUCGAUACUAUUCGGAUCUCGUUCUCAAAUGCUACAACGAAAAGUUCUAUGACUAUUUUUAUUCAGGAAGAUAUGAAAAAAUCACUUGUCCUGGACCACAGUAUUGCGAUUUCAAGCAGCAUCCGGAUAUCACGUGUAUGCGUGUAAAUGCAACACAUAUUGAACGAGAAACGUUGUCUCCAGUCACUUAUUAUUAUGCAAAAGAUCCUUAUUUUACUGAUAAAAUGGGUUGUUAUGCACAUUAGAAUAUGUUUUGAUAUACAUUUGUUUUAGAAAUAAAGAUUUUAUUGAAA